UUCAAUACCAAAGGAAUUGCCCUAUGCUUCACUAAAAGUAACGUGGAUGAAGUAAAAGUAAUUAAUUUGCAUAACUUAACAAUUGAAACGGAUGUGGGAAAAUUGGCGGAGAAAAUUGCAGCAUCAGAGCCCCUCAUAACAUCAAAUGUUCUUCCGCAAUUUAUUGAUUUACUUCUUAAAUUGCAAAAUAAACUGAGGGAACCAAUAAAGAAGAAAUUCUACAUACAUAAAACAUUCAACACUCACGUCUUACCUCUCACGAAUGUCUGCUUCGAUAAAUCUGGCCACCGAUUUGCCACAGGCAGCUACGACCGAACGUGCAGAGUAUGGAAUGUGGAGGCUGGUGUUGAAGAGCACAUCUUGCGUGGUCACGAGAAUGUGGUAUUUGCUGUGAACUUUAAUACGCCAAAGUGUGACCGCAUCGUGACUGGAUCAUUUGAUAAAACAUCCAAGGUUUGGAAUGCAUCUUCUGGUACGCUCCUGAGGACAUUUCAUGGGCAUGCUAAUGAAAUUGUGGCAACGGAAUUCAAUACGCACAGUGCGGAUGAGAUUGCAACCGCAUCAAUGGAUGGCACAUCGAGGAUAUUCCGCGUGGAAACGGGCCAAGAGACGCACAAUUUAAUUGGACACGGUGAUGCCAUUAUUUCAGCUCGUUUCGAUAAUGACGGCAAUCUACUGCUUACAGGAUCUUUCGAUGGCACAGCAAAGGUGUGGGAUUUGAGGAGUGGCAGGGAUGUGAUUAAUCUUCAUGGCCACACCGCAGAGAUAAGUAACGCAAUAUGGAACAUAAAUUGCAAAAUGAUAGCUACAGGAUCUCUCGAUGCUACCGCACGUCUCUGGGAUAUCCGGAAUCACGAGAGCUUGCACAUAAUUGAUGAACAUACGGAUGAAGUGCUGGAUGUUUCCUUUGACUACAGCGGGCAACAUCUGGCCACUGCUAGUUCCGACUGUAGCGCCAAAUUGUGGAACAUUGCUGGGAAUGUCGAGAGAAUGGCCACAAUGAUGGGGCAUACUGAGGAAAUUUCCAAAGUACAAUUCAGCCCACCGGGACUGCUAAUCCUCACAGCUUCUGCAGAUCGAACUGCGAGGAUUUGGAUGCUCGAUGGGACGUGUUCUCAGGUACUCAGUGGUCACACAGGUGAGAUCUUCUCCUGUGGCUUCAACUACGUCGGGGAUACCAUUGUUACGGCUUCGAAGGACAAUACUUGCAAGAUAUGGAGGUGAUUUUGUUGGUACACGGUGUAAAGCUGUGAAAAUCUCAAGAAAAUGUUUUAAAAUAAUUAAUUAUAAAAAAUUAGAGAAAUAAAAAUCUUUUUGGAAAA